GAGGAGGGUCUUCUUGUCGCGGAACAUCGGUGCAGUUCAGACCCCUGAGUCUGUAUCUGUCUCAGGAUUGUGUUAUCAUGGAACCUAGCAGCUGCCAACUUCACAGUGCUUUGAGGCGCUCAUCAGAGCUUGGGCGUGCAGUCCUGAAGCGUGCUCGGAAUAGGAGAGUACAUUGGUCGCCAGAUGAUCUGGCUUGCAGUGGAAAAAGUGAAUCAGUAGAAUCUUCAGUUCAGAAAGAUGAGGCUAAACAAGAAUGGAGUGACAUUGAUGAGGCUUUUGCUUCAGUUCUACAAUGUUUGGCUCAUGCUACCAGACAGUGUAAGCACUAUUAUAAAGAUGUACCGCUAAAUGAAACAGAUGAAUUGGAAGAAAACCAUAUUCGUCGAUACCACAAGGGGCCAUCAAUAACCAAAGUUCCUGUUAGAUACACUGAUAAGGUUCACAUUCAAGUGGCACCAGGUUCUUAUGCAGUGACAGCAAAAUCCAAAAUUUCAGAGAGACAACAGACGCGUGUGAUACAUUUGGGUCCAGAUCAGACAAUCAAUCUUGCCUUUCAUGUCUGAAGUAUGGGCAAGAAAGAUUUGGACAACUUAUGACCAUAACCAGUGGCCCUACAUUUAUUUUCAUUUAGGGACAUUUGGAACUUUGAUUAUCUGCACAAUGGUCAUCUUUUACAAUUAAAAUACUUUUUCUCUGAGCAUUUGAGGACUGAGUGAAGCAACCAUUUUUUGAAGUGUAAUGUUGCUUAGUUCAUUUGAAUGUAAUACAGUUUUAA